AGUGCAGCAGAUCCGACGGACCAGUCGCCCCAACCCACUCACCGACGAGUCCAACGUCCAUUGAGAGAAAGCGUACUGAGACGCGUUCGAACUCAUCAAGUAUGGACCCGAAAGUCCUGGCCCCUCAGGAACCAAACCUCCGUACAAUCAGGCGACAGAGAAAUCGCCAGAACAAGCGGGCGCGACGGGAGAUCGAACUCCCCCGAGAGCAGCUCAACGCCGGUCCUCCGCGACUCGCCAUCCCACCGCCCCUACCAGCGUUUACAGAAGAACCCGGUUGUUCGAACCGGAAUCGUCCCACUAACAUCCUGCCCUAUCGCCCAGUCGUCCUGCCUUUUCGCCCAAUUGUCGAACAUCGCCCUAUUUGCCGCGUGGCUCCGUUUCGCAUGGUCCCUCCUCGCGUGGUCCCCGACAACCCCGAUCCAGCCCGCUUCCUAGAACCUCCUGAUUCUCCCCCCUCUUCCCGAAGUUCGUCCCCAACCUCCUCAACUGCCUCGACUCUCGAUCUCGAGGAAAUAGGCGAUCCUGAGAUCGUAACCUUAGAUUGA